UUUCCCAUCGCUUUCCCCAAACCCGAACUAUAAAGUCAGCUGGCGGGGGGUUAGUUUAGUUCCUCCCACUCCUUAUCAACAAUGAUGAAUCUACCAAGAAACUAUAAUUAACCCCUUUUUCGUGUUCCAUUUUUUGGUUAAUCGUUAGGUGGCAAACGUUCCACAACUCCCAACUCCCUAUCCCCAUAAUUAGAUGCAUAUAAUUUAAUACUAGUUAAGACAGAGCAGCAGAUUUGCACCUAUAAUUGUUCUUGUUCCCCAAGAUUAGUACUUUAUUGUUAGUUUGUAAUAGUAGGAUAUAGUACAGUGUUAGAAGCUUUGUAUAUAUCACCCUAUUGUGAAUAACAAAAGGGAUCAAUCCAUCAAUCAAUCUAGGAUUGUCCUCAACAAUGGCACUAGCUGGAUUUCUUGCCGGGGUUUUUCUUCUGUUGGCGCUGUAUUGUGGGUUGGACCCUUUUAAGCACAGCGCGAUUUCUGAGUUUCCUGAUUUUGUAGCUCAUAAAGUGGAAAUGCCGGCAUGGGAUGAAAUCCCUGUUGAGAAAGACACUCAGAAUUUGCUUCAGAAAUCGGAAAUUAAGUUUCUGAAUCAAAUUCAGGGUCCUGAAAGCAUGGCCUUUGAUCCUCAGGGUCGUGGGCCUUAUACUGGAGUGGCUGAUGGCAGAAUCUUGUUCUGGGAUGGGGCGAAAUGGAAUGAUUUUGCUUAUACUUCGGCUAAUAGGUCAGGUUUAUGUGAUCCUAAACCAUCACCCUUGCUCUACUUGAAGAAUGAGCACAUUUGUGGAAGGCCUCUGGGUUUAAGAUUUGACCAGAAAACAGGUGAUUUGUACAUUGCAGAUGCAUACUUCGGGUUAAUGAAGGUUGGACCUGAAGGUGGGUUGGCAACAUCGUUGGUAACUGAGGCUGAAGGAGUGCCACUUCGAUUCACUAACGAUCUGGACUUUGAUGAUGACGGAAACAUUUACUUCACUGAUAGCAGUAUUAACUACCAAAGAAGGAACUUUAUGCAGUUAGUUUUCUCUGGAGAUGAUAGUGGACGGCUGUUGAAAUAUAAUCCCCAAACUAAAGAAACCACUGUUCUUGUUAAGGGUCUUCAAUUCCCUAAUGGUGUGUCCAUGAGUAAGGAUCGAUCUUUCGUUGUCUUUUGUGAGGGUUCAAUUGGCCGGUUGCGCAAGUACUGGUUGAAAGGUGAAAAAGCAGGGACUUCAGAAGUCAUGGCUGUCCUGCCUGGCUUUCCUGACAACAUCAGAACCAAUGAAAAGGGUGACUUUUGGGUAGCGAUCCAUUGUCGCCGCACCAUUUAUGCAUAUGUGUGUGCGUUGUACCCAAAACUCCGUAUGUUCUUGCUUAAGCUUCCAAUCUCUACAAAGAUCCACUACCUGCUGCAAAUUGGCGGCCGACCUCAUGCAGUAGUUGCAAAGUACAGCCCAGAGGGGAAGGUGUUACAAAUAUUGGAGGAUAGACCAGGAAAAGUUGUUAGAGCUGUUAGUGAAGUAGAAGAAAAAGACGGGAAGCUUUGGAUGGGCAGUGUCUUGAUGCCUUUUGUCGCGGUUUACUCGUUAGAAUAAGGAAAUAAAAAACGCAGAUCUUCAUGGUCUCUAGUCUAUUAUUCUCCCUCUCAUCUUGUAUGUGCUAGGAACUGUAAUGCUAGCCACGAGGGUUGAGAUUAGAAGUUUCCAGGAUUGUAGCUCAUCAUCAGCACUCUGUUACUUUUCUACCCUUCCAUCUUUUAAGUCGUUCCCCUUGAUGCUGUUCAAUGAUGUGGCUUUGACAUUGUUUGUACGGUAAGUUUUAUUCUGAAGUGCAUUAUCUUUCUGAGUUUGAAGUUGUGCUUCUUUUUUGAUCUUUGUAUUAGCUUUUGACUCAUCUCUGUCCCUUUUCAUGUUUAUGUUCUUAGAAAUUUGAACUAUAAUCUUUUGAACUGUAUGGAGUACGCUCAUUUUCUAACUUUCAAUCACAAUGGUUAAAUGAUGCUUUUAUCACGUAGGGUAAAAUCAGUUGCAUGGUUGAGUUGAAUGCAUUCAAUAUGAUUACAUUGUUAUUCUUUUAUCAACAUAAGUUUUAUUGAACUUACUUAUAAACAGAAAAAUCAUACUUGGCCCGGUCCUUACUAUAAACCAUUUGACAUAAUUACAGGCACUUUAUUCUUCACCUCUAGAAGAAAUUAACCAUGUAGAAAACAAAGAACAGGGAAAAUGCAGCCAAGUCCGAGAUGCUUCCCCAGGGACAGAGAUGAGUCAAACUUGAAGCAGCAGCAUCUGCAAAGGGGUUUUUCUUUUUUUUUUUUUUGUUACAAGAAGAAAAACCCUUCUUCAGAUCCACCUUUUUUGCUAAACAGCGUAUUAGUAAACUGGUAUCUUGUGCAGAAUCGCCAAACAGUUCACUGGUAUCUUUGGCAGAACCGGGAAAUAGUUCACUACCUCUUAAGAAUCCGAUCAGAAACAUCGUCCUUGCGAAAAAACAUUAAACUCAAUACCAUUGCUGCAUUCAAUGGAGUCAAACAAAAUCCUUUCUUUUGCAUUUCUUCAAGAUAAAUAUCAAUGCCAUCGUAUCUACACAUAAUUUCUCGUCUUUCAAUAAUGCUACCAUCAAAUAUUCCUUCCCAAGCAAUACAAUCAAAUUGCCCUUCCAAAAUGAUGUUGUAAGUAGCUUGAUUUGGCUGGCACCCGAUUUCUUUCAUUUCGACGAAAAGUCGUUCAGCUGAAUCUCGUUACUACAUCAGGAUCCAGUCCCUUACGACGUAAAUGGUCCCAAAGAACCUCUGCUCGACUGAGUUGUCCUGUUUUGCACAAGGCAACAAUGAUGACAUUGUAGACUGCUGUAUGCAACUCUACACUCCAUCCAUUUCCAUCUUAUCCAACAACAAUAAAGCUUCAUCAAGAUUGUUAUUCAUGCACAAACCAUCAAGUAGUACACAGUAAGCCUGAACCUCUAGUGUUAAGGAGCCUCGCGCAAUCCCCUUGUAAAAUUGACGGUCUAUAUUAAUACCAAAACCUUUCAUCAGAGCACAAAGCUCUUUUAUCUCGCUAAAUUUAUGCGACAUGAAGAUAUGGCGGUACACACAGCAAAAAGUGACUACAUCCGGCGCAAUGUCAUUCCGGACCAUCUCGUGGAUGAGGUCAAUACUUGCAAUAGGCAUCGAUGAGCAUUGUAAAUGACGGUAUUGGGUUUAGUAGUAUUUCCGUUUUCCAUGACCCUGAGGACUUCGAGAGCUUUUGUUACGUUCCCGGCCGUACAAAACCAGGCAAUCACAUUACCUCGUCAGGUUGACAGAGUUUUUGGUGCGUAAUUUAUCGAACAGGUUUUGUGCCUCCGGGAUCCGGCGUUGAUGAAAGAGCGCCCUUAUAAGGUGUUAAAGCAAUUCCGCGCUUGAGCAUUACUCCUAGCGCAGAGAACCCUAAAUCCACUCGACUCUCCAAAGGGUAACGGUUAAUGAACAGAGACAUGGUAACCUCAUUAAUUGGGAUUCCUUUGGGUGUAAAAACACUAUCGAAAUCGAAAUCGAUCGCGGAGUUUGGGAGAGGCCUGAUCAUUCCGAUCAUCUUGCAAAAACGCAAAGGAUCAGAAACAAUGUCGUAUAUAUUUAUUAUUAUCUUUUUUCAAAGUAGAAUUUUCAAUGGAAGCAGAAGAAUGAAAGGCGAAGGUGAGAUUCUUCGGAUAUCGAUGAAUCAGCGGAGGACGAGAAUGAAGUGAAAGAGCUCGAAUUAGAUGAAGAGUAGACAUGGCCAGAAGAAUUUCAGAUGAUGAAGUUAAUGAUGAUAAUGAAUAUUGGAGGUCAAAAUGAUUCCCCUGAAGAGU